AUGGACAAGAUGAAAGGAUUAUUUGAUUUACCAGAAGAGUUAAUUUAUAAUAUAUUUGACUACAUACCCAAAGAGACCUUAUCUAAUUUAUCUAAUAUCCGUAUAUUCCAUAAAUUCAUUAUCAAUCAUCUCUUUCCCAUAUGUAUAAUAACUAACCAACAACAACAACAACAACAUAAUAAUAAUAAUAAUAAUGAUCUUUCAACUUCGACAAUCAAUAAUAGUAAGAUAUUUAAAAAAUUAUCAGAUUUUAAGAAAUUCCAAUUCAAACAUGAAUAUUUUCCUCGAAAAUUGAUAAUUUAUGAAUAUAAUCAAGGUGAUGAAUUGAUAUUAAAUCAAUUGAAUUAUUGUCCUCUUGUUGAAUUACAUUAUCAAGGAUUUGAAUAUUUUGGCGGCAUAAUUAAUAAUGAAAGAAUAUUUAAAUUAGUAAUUGUUGAUCAAUCAUCUUAUAAUUCAUUAAUUAAUUAUAUACCUGAACAUAUUAAAGAAUUAAAAAUCUCUCAAAAUUUAAUCUCAUUGAUUAAUACUACUACUAAUAAUGAUUUGUAUAAAUUAGAAAUUGAUAAUAUUGAUUUUGAUUUUGAUAUAUUUCAAGGAUUAACCAAAUUUAAUAUUUAUGAUUUAAGAAUAAUUGGAUUUAUAAAUAAUUCAAAAUUUAAUCUCCCUAAAAAUAUAACAAGAUUAACUAUUGUUGAAAAUCAAGAAUCCUUAUCAAUAAUGAAUUUAGAAACCUUACCAUUGAAAGUAUUCAAAUAUAAAGGAAAUUUAAACAUUAAUAGACUUUCAACAUUUUCAAAUAUAAAAUUACCAAAAGAUAUAGAUCAGAUAUCAUUAAAUUGUAUCAAUUUAAUUGAUUUAAAAGCAAUUGAAAAACUUGAAGAUCUUACAAUAUUGGAAAUAAUAGAUUGUCCUAGAUUAUUAUCAUUUUUCAAUAGUAAAUUCCCUGAUAAUUUGAAAAAAUUGGUUUAUAAAUUUCAGUCAAUAAUUCCAAAUUUAACAUUUUUCCAAAAUCAAUUAAUUAAUAAUUUUCAAACUACUGAUCUUAUAUUUGAAUCAAAUGAAAUGAUUUUUUUAAAAAUUGAUGAAAAUUUCCAAUUACCCAAAUAUUUACAAAAAUUUAUCCUUGAUAAUAUUCCAUAUGUUAAAAUUCAUCGAUUAUUAUUAUUGAAUUUACCAAACUUGAAUGAAUUGAUAAUUAAAAGAAUACCUGGAUUUGUUAAUAAUAGAUUGAAUAUGAAAUUUCCAAGUAGUUUAUAUCGACUAACUUUAAACAAUGUUAUGCUUGAAUCAAUUGAAGGAGUUCAGUUUCCUGAUAAAUUGACAUACCUUGAUUUGGCAAGAAACCAGUUAUCUGAUAUUAGUAGUAAACUGACAAAUUUGAAAAGGUUACGAUAUUUAGAAGAAUUAAAUUUACUGAGGAAUCGAUUUGAUAAUUUUGUAUUGAAAAAUGAUAUACCAAUUGGAUUGAAAAAUCUUAGUUUACAAAGUAAUUUAAUAAAUCAAUUUGAAUUGAAUCAAGAUUUGGAAUUAUGGAAAUUAAAUUUAAUGCUUAUUAAAGAUGUUCGAUAUUAUGAUAAUGAAAUUAAAUUUCCUAAUAAAUUAUGUCAUUUACAAAUGUCAAUUCAAGUUAAUCAAUUAUCUGAUAAUUUCCAAUUACCAAAUACAUUACAAACAUUACUGAUACAUCAUCCAUAUUAUGGUAAAAUUCCAACUACAAUACAAUUUUUCAAUAUGAUACAAUAUUUACCAUUGAAUGAAUUAACAUUAUUAAAUUUGAUAUUUGUUAAAGAUUGUCAAAUUAAAAUCCCUGCUAGUGUAGAGAAACUUACAAUCUCAGGGAAUUUCAAUCAGAAUAUAAUUAAUAAUUUUAAUAUUUCCCAUUGUGAACAUUUAACUCAUUGUAAUUUAACAGGAGGAAUAGUUAAACAUUUUAAUUUAAAUUCAUUACCAAAUCAAUCAAUUUAUCAAUUAGAAUUAAAAAAUAUGAAAUUGAAAUAUAUUACUGGUGAUUUUAAUAAUUUUAAAAAUUUGAAAAUUCUUAAUUUAGAACAAAAUCAAAUUAUUUCAAUUUUAAAUUUACCAAGAUCAAUAAAUGAAUUAAUUUUAAAUAAAAAUGAAUUAAAUGAUUUAUCAAAUUUAAAUUUUUUAUCUAUAGAAAAUUGUCAUUAUUUAUCUAAAAUUUAUUUAGAAAUGAAUCCAAAUUUAAAUUCAAAAGUUGUUUUCAAAAUUGCUAAAUUAUUAAUGAAUAUUCUGGAAAAUUUCGUUGGUAUUUAUCUAUCACUGAAUUUAAUCUUUAGUUCAAAUUUAUUCUUAGAAAAUUAUGAUAUUUAUGGCAAAAUUAUAGUUAAUACUGACUUUAUUAAUUGA